GGGGGGGGCGACGGCCGCGGGCAGGAGUGGCGAAAAGGUCGUGGUCGCCGACAACUGGCCCGAGCUGCCGUUUGUGUGCAAGACGCUCGAGGCUGCGCUGAUGCAUGGAUUCAACGGAAAGACCUCGAUCUUUCGCGGCAAGCGCGAGUACUUUCAUUGGCUGGAAAAGCGGCGUCCGAGGGGCUCUUCACCCCGGCAGCGAAGCAGGCCAUGGCCAACGCUGUCGAGUUCUCGGGCAUUCGCACUCCGCUCGGCCGGGGACGGGCGUUCAUCCGUGCGGCUCUGGUGGCAUGCGCGCUGGGUGAUGCUAUCGAGGCUGCAUCCUCGGUCAUCAAGCUCCUUACUGCGUUCUACCUCGACAAGGCUCUCAUGCGCGACAACAAGCUCCGUGGCAAGCUGCUGGACGAGAUCCGGUCGCUCGAGGCCGCUGUCUGGUUUGACCUUCAUCCAGGCGAUGUGAGCCUCGACGAUUCUUGGGAACCGCACGCCGAUGUGGCGAGAAUCUCGGUCGAGACCGUGGCCGAGCCGGCGGCUGUAGCGGCUGUGGCGGCGGAGGCCGAGCCGGCGACCAAGGCGGAGGCCCAGCCGAAGGCCGAGGCCGAGCUGAAGACCGACGGGUCUGAUGUGUCGGUCGCAGUGGCAGCUGUGCGGAAGAAUGCGCGUCGGAGGCUGGAAGAGAUGCAGACACAUCUGGAAGUGGUGGAGAAGCGUGCGGUGAUGGCCGAGGCCGCAUUGGCGCGCGCGGUCGAUGCGGACGAGCUUGAGGCUGCAAAAGCUGAGGCGGCGGCGGCGGCAAGGGUCGAGGUCGAAGCCGAGGUCGAGGCCGAGGUUGAGGCCAAGAUAGAGGCUGCCAAGGCCGAGGCGGCGGCAGCAGCCAAGGCCGAGGUCGAGGCCGAGGUUGAGGCCAAGAUAGAGGCUGCCAAGGCCGAGGCUGUGGCGGCGGCAAGGGUCGAGGUCGAAGCCGAGGUUGAGACCAAGAUAGAGGCUGCCAAGGCCGAGGCUGUGGCGGCAGUCAGGGCCGAGGUCGAGGCCGAGGUUGAGGCCAAGAUAGAGGCUGCCAAGGCCGAGGCUGUGGCGGCAGUCAGGGCCGAGGUCGAGGCCGAGGUUGAGGCCAAGAUAGAGGCUGUCAAGGCCGAGGCAGCGGCGGCAGCCAGGGCCGAGGUCGAGGUCGAGGUUGAAGCUAGGGUUCAAGAAGUCGAGUCUGACGCUGAUGCCGAGAUGCAGAGCCUCAGGGCUAAGCUUGACACUGUGGUAGACGAUGCGCGCCGUGAGUCCGAGAAGGCGCACGCUCGUGCUGCUACACUUGAGGCUGCGCUCGCCGAGGCACGCACAGGUUUUGGCGCUGACGCCGAGCAGGCCGUGGCGCGCAUCAGUGAGCUCGAGCACGCCCUUGCUGAGGCCGCCGACACAAAGACAGAUCUGGAAAUGGCUCUUUCGCGGGCCACCGACCAGAGCGCCGCCCUGCAAGCCGAGCUCGAGACCAGCACUGCGCAGGUCACGCAACUGCAGGCUGACCUGUCUGAUGCCCAGCUGGCUGCCGAAGCUGAUCGGUCUGCUGCCGCUGGCCAUGUUCAGCGUCUUGAGCACACCGUUGCGGUUGCUGAGGCAAGUGCUGCCGAGUCGAGCAAGGCUUGUCAAGCUCUUCGAGUCAAUCUUGCCACCACCCAGGCCGAACUAGUCGCAGCACAGGACACCUACGCCGAGUCAGCCGAGUCCCGCGACGCUCUCCAGGCAGACCUAGCCUCCGCCAUCGCAGCCCGCGAUGCGCUUGAAGCAGAUCACGCCGUCGCAAUCUCGCAGCUCCGCCAAGAGCUGGCCGAGUCGGUCGAGUCCCGCGACGCUCUCCAGGCAGACCUAGCCUCCGCCAUCGCAGCCCGCGAUGCGCUUGAAGCAGAUCACGCCGUCGCAAUCUCGCAGCUCCGCCAAGAGCUGGCCGAGUCGGUCGAGUCCCGCGACGCUCUCCAGGCAGACCUAGCCUCCGCCAUCGCAGCCCGCGAUGCGCUUGAAGCAGAUCACGCCGUCGCAAUCUCGCAGCUCCGCCACGAGCUGGCCGAUACCCUCGCUUCUCGCGGCUCUGAGCUUGACAAGACGAAGAGCGAGUUGGAGCAGGCGCGAGCCGCCCUGGUCGGCCUGCGUGUCGAACUCGACGACGCCAUCUCUGCCCGCGAUGCCGCGACUGCCGAAAAUGAGAGGCUUUGCGCCGAACUUGACAGCGUCCGCAUCGCCCGUGAUGCUGUCGUAGAGACUGCAGCUGGCGAUAAGGCUGCGGCCGACGGUCUACACGCGGCGCUGGAGGAGAAGCAGUCUGAACUCGACGCACUGGCUGAGACUGUCUUGCGCCUCGAGGCUGAGGUCGAUCACGUCCGGACAGCUCUGGCCACCGCCGAAGCCGAGCUGGCAGCAAAGGUCGAGGCCGUCACAAAGUACGAGGAGCAGAACAUGCGGUUGGUGGCCGAGCUCGGAUCCACCAACAACCUCGAGUUGCAGCUCGAGGCUGCCACCGCAGAGGCGGCGGCCACAGCCGACGCACUCUCGAUGGCCUGCGCCGAGCGCGAUGCUGCCCAGGAGCAGAUCCACAGCCUCAAUGCCAGGCUACAGAAGAGCACCGCUGCUCACGCAGGCACCCAGGCCGAACUCGACAACGCCCGCGGCGAGCUCGACAAGGCCCAGGCCGCUAGGACUACUGCCGAGGCCGAGCUCGCGCGCGUCAGCAAAGAGCUUGCGAGCGUUACCGACCAAGUCCGCGAGACUGCCUCGGCCCGCGACGCGCUCGCCGCCGACCUUUCGGCCGCCGAAGCCCGGGCCGCGGCCGCCGACGAGGCGCAAGCCGCCAACGCUGCCGCACUCGCCGAUGCCAACGCGCAACAUGCCGCCGCCGCUGCUGCCGCUCGUGCCGAGUACGAGUCUGUCGCCAAGCAGCUGGCAGACCGGAACUUGCUCUACGAGGAGCUGGAGGCGGAACUUGCAUCCCAGCAGACCCGGACCGAGUCGCUCGCCGAGUCUGUCUCGGACCUGCUCGCCACCGUCGCCACCCUCGAGGAGGAGCUCGAGGCCAAGGCGGCACUGGCGUUGGAGAAAAAGUGGGUGCCCAACUCGGCCACGUCCGACUGUAUGGGCUGCACUACCAGCUUCUCGAUGACCCGACGACGGCACCACUGCCGAUCGUGCGGUGGCGUGUUCUGCAAGGCGUGCUCGACGUCGCGGGCCCAGCUCUCGUCGGCGCCCAAGCCGGUCAGGGUAUGCGACGCAUGCUACGCCAAGCUGCAAGCGGCGAAGCCGUAA